GCCUGAAUCCUGCAAUCCUGAAUCCCUGGGUCGGACUUUAUUAAUACUCCCUCAGAUCCUCAUCGCUGGCAUUUUUUUGAAACUUUCCGAUCUCCCGUCGAUACUCCUACGGUCCUUUCAGCGCUCUCUGACAUUCCUUCUUCCAGUUCGGACUACAUAACCAACAUGACUCUCAAGCACGACGCUUUCCCCUCCUCCGCCGCAUUCGAUGCGAUCCACUCCGCCCUACAGUCGGACGCUGGUGAGCGCAAAGAGGCCAUCGACAAGGCCAAGGCCGUGGUCUCCUUCAACAUCAAGAACUCCAAGGGCGAAGAGGAGAGCUGGCAUCUCGAUCUCAAGGACAAGGGCGUUGUGGGCAAGGGACCCGCUCCCCAGGGCAGCAAGCCAGAUGUCACCCUCUCACUCUCUGAUGAGGACUUCAGCUCCCUUGUCAGCGGCAAGGCUAAUGCUCAGCGGUUGUUCAUGGGCGGUAAGCUCAAGAUCAAGGGCAACAUCAUGAAGGCGACCAAGAUGGAGCCCGUGUUGAAGAAGGCCCAGAGCAAGGCCAAGCUAUAGAUACCCUCUGGAUUUCUGGAUUAUGUCUUGCUUCUUUACUCGCGUUUUUUGCCUCUUUUGUAUAGCCAUUUCCAAAGAUUGACAGGCCAUUCAAGGUUAUAGAAGACUCGCAUACUCAAUGUAAAUUCU